AUGUCUGCGUGUCAGCCGUUGGGCAACCUGCAGGCCAUUGAGAACAUCCGCCGACGCCGGAAGCGACAGCCUGGUCCAGGCAGCAAGAUGGCCGGGCUGGGUGACGAACGCCGGGUGGAAGAGGGCGAUGACUCUGGGAUGAAGAGGGAAGCAUCACUUCCGUCCAAGGAAACCCUCGCAGGGGAAUCUCAGUUCAGCAAGAGCCCUAGCGUGGUGGGUGGCAAGGAUGAGGAGGCGGGUCGUGAAGAGAUGUGGUGGCGCGGGGCCGGCCGCGAGAAGAAGAAGUAG